CCUGUGAGUCACUGCAUGCUGUUGUGUCUCAGAUGUCGUGUCGACUAUUUAAAAGGAAGCCGUGUCCUUCAUCACACAUAUUCCAUCUUCGCUGAAGGUGUAAAGGUGAGUACAGCUACCACCAUGGCUCGUUUAGAACAAGCCAUCACCAGCAUCGUCGACGUGUUCUCAGAGUACGCCAGCAGUGACUGCAAGCUGAACAAGCAGGAGCUGAAGAAGAUGAUGGAGAAGGAAGUCCAAAGCCCCGAGCUCAAGGCAAAGAUUUGCUCAGGUGACGGUGACAAUAUCCCGUGGAAGCUGGAUAGGAACCUCGACAGAGAGCUCGACUUCAAGGAGUUCAUGAAUGGUGUGACAACCAUGGCUAAAUGCUACUACCAAAAAAAGACAGGCAAAAAGUGUGACGAUCACAAAUAAUGCUUCUGUAGAAUGAUUCAGUCAAACCCGGGUUCGUUUAACGUUGGAUAGAAGAACCAUUAAAGUUCUGACGUUCUGA